AUGCUGCCCUCCGGGAUGCGACUGCUGCUGCCACUGCUGUGGCUCCUAGUGUUGUCACCCGCCCGCCCAGCCGCGGGAAUGCCCAGCCUCAACAACAACACCGAGGUGGAGCUGCUCAGACAGCAGCACAAUGAGGCCGUUCACUCCAUGAUCCAGAGCCCCCCGAGCGAGGAGGAAGUGCCCGAAGACGUGCUCACCCUGAACAGCAAAACCAACGACCAGGGGUCCAGAGAGAGCAAUAAGCAGGAGCCCAAACCCAAGUUAGGCUUCUUUGCAGGCAAGGAGCUCACCGGCGUGCCAAUGCUGGAGAGCGACCACGAAAGCUAUCAAAAAUUCAACGUAAGCCAGCACAGCGUCUAUAUGCUCUUCAACACGUCAGAGGUCCGGGAAGUAAUGCCAGAGCCAUGGUUGCUGUCUGGGGCAGAGCUGCGCCUGCAAGUGCUCAAGACACAGCAGGAGCAGCACGUGGAGCUGUACCAGAAAUCCAGCAACGAUUCCUGGCGCUACCUCAGCAACCGGCUGCUGGCACCAAGCAACAGAUCAGAGUGGUUGUCCUUUGACGUCACUGGAGUUGUGCAGCAGUGGCUGAGCCACAAAGAGGAAAUAGAGGGCUUCCGCCUCAGUGCCCAGAGGUCCAGUGACAACACAGAUAAUGUCCUCCACGUGAAAAUCAAUGGGAUCAGUUCCAGUGGCCAGGGUGACAAUGCCAACAUUCAGAACUCCUACCGGCCCUACCUGCUCCUCAUCGUCAACCCACUGGACCGCAUCGUGCCCCCAGACCUCUCGGAGAUGGUCUGA